UGCCGAGGUAGUUCUGUCAAACAGGUUGCUACCAGGAAUAUCAAAACAAAAGCCAGGCAUGGGGGCAGGCAAGCAACAGAGACGGGGGACAGUGUCCCCACCUACAGGCAGAUUGCGUCCAGCAGAGAAGGUUGUUGGCCCAAGCUGAGCAAAAGCAAGCCUGCUGGUUGAUCGUUUCAGUUUGCUGUGCUUGUGCCUUAGUUUGUAGCAGCUAAUGUAUUUUUUUCCAGUUGGACUGGUCCGGGCAGUUUGCGAAGUAAAAGCUUGGCUGUGUCUGACGCCGGCCAGUUAGCAAACCGAAAAGGUGAAACAGAGAGUCUCAGCAGGUGGACUAUGUUUAGAAGUCGGUGUUUGCUUUUUCUACCAGCGCAUAACAACACAACACCGGCAAGACAACAGGAAGGAAGUUGCAUUGUUUAAAAACAACAACAACAACAACAUCAUUCCGGCCAGGAUAAUCCCAUUGGAAAACAAAACAAGAUGAUGUUGCUGUCCCAUCUGCUGUGAUGACAUCACAGGCACGUUGCCAUAGAAACCAGGGCCCCCGCACACGUAGCUGACUCAGGCUGAUCCCCCAUGCCCCUCCCCCUCGGACUGGUUCAAUUGCUGGAUGCUCAGACCUCCGCACAGUAAAUGGCAACGUGGGUGGAGGUGAAGGGACCCCCCCUGGGCCUCUCAGAGUCUCGGGAGCGAGUGAGUGAGAGCCGUCUCUCCAGAGCCCAUGUCAGCCCGCUCACAGACUCCAGCAAUAAGGCUCCGGAGCUGGGCCCUGGGGCGCUCAUCCUGCCCGAGGAAGGCAGUAAGCCAGCGCAAACCUUCAGCUCCGGAGGCAGCAGCAACAACAUGCCCUCCCUGGGGCCCAAGCCCAGACUCACCCCCAAACCCUUCGCCCUAGAGAAAGCCCCCAUCAUGAGGCCCAUCGCUGCGCCCAAGCCGGCCCCCAAGCCUAGUGUUGUCCCUGGAAAGCUGGCUCUGACAUUGAACGGGCCGGCGAUGCCGUCGGAAAGCAGGACCGCUGAGCCCCCCAAACCUGCAGCACUGCCCAAAACCAGGACACUCCCAGAGACGGAAGACCUCCCCCGGGAUGGGUUCACACAGAUCGAGCCACUCAGAGUCACCUUGUACGAGACCUUCACUAUUAAGAGUGCCCAGACCACUGGGGCUGGACAGCAGGAGCGCCCCUCUGCAGAGACGAGGCUCAUGGAGGACCGCAGACCCGAGGGGUCCCCCAGGCCUGCUGAGCGGACAGCCCAGCCUGAGAGGCGCCCUGCCACCUUCCUAGGCAGCUCUCUCUCCAGUGCCAAAUCGAUGGACUUCCUGGGCAAGGCGGCGGUGGAUCAGGACAGUGAGGCCGGCAAGGCAGUGGGGAGCGAAGUGCCUGAAAGCCAGGCAUCUGAACCCAGGGUGCGAAUAAGAAGCAAGGUCAGGCCUGUGUCGGCCGUGUUCCCCAGUCCGGGCAUCGAUCACAGCCGUGCUGAUCAGGGCUCGGAGCCCCCCUCCCAGGCUGAGAAGCCCUGGCUGUGCUCCCCGAGGCCCCUCUCCAUGGACCUGACUGCCAGGUUCGAGGCCAUCGGGCUGUCGCGGAGCCGGAAGAGUGGCAGGGACCUAGCGCCCCCCGAGGAGAGCAAAGAGAACAUGCCGGCGGCUCCUGGGAAGCAUUCGGACACGGGUUCAAGAGGCGAGAAGGUACCUGAGCGAAGAGGCUUCCAAAAGAAGGAACCAACAGGCGCUCCUGGGAAGAAAGCUGAGAAAGUGGAGGAGCCAAGAUCGGAGCCGGACGAAGGGUGGAGCACAGAGAUGGCAACAUGGGAGGGCGAGAGGGAAACGGGAGGCCAGGAGGUCACGGUGAACCGAGGUGCUUCAGGGAAAGAGGCGGAAAAAAGCGUUCCAGAGGAGAAGCCUCCCGCUCCCAUCCCUGCUGCCACUCCCUCUCCUCCUCUUGCUCUUGCAAAUUCUCAGCUGACUAAACGCGAGGAGGAAAACAGGGCACCCCCUUCUAGUGGGAAUAUUAAGCGCCGCAUCAGCCUGCUGCUGGAAUCCAGCUCGGUGGGCGUGUCUAGUUCACCGGGGGCAGAGUCAUCUCCCCCGGCCACACCCCCAAGUGUCACUGAGGUCAUCAACGUGGGGAUCAGGCAGCGAAUCAAGGAGCUGAAAGUGGACAUGUCCGAGGCCAAACCUGAGCCACAGAGGAGGUCCUACCAGCCCCGCCCACGCUCCUCAGACCUCACCAAGCGCUUUUCCACAGAGGCAAUGAGCUGGGAGACUCUGUCUUCCAGUCCCGCCACGGAGAAGACUGCGACAGAGAUGGAGGGAAUGAGGAAGGGGCCUGAGAGAGAGAACCAGGACCAGUACAGAAAGACCAAGGACCCGUCUCCUAGCCGGAGCGAGCAGAUAGAUUCCAAAUUCCCGGAAUUCUCCCGGAAAAGCAUGAAGUCCACACGUCUGGUUCCUGAAAAUUGUCCGUCUCCGAAGCCUGAGGUGGUGAAUCAUGUGGCUCGGAAGAGCAGCAUCCUGGGAGAGAAGCUGCCCCAGGGAUCCGAGUGCGAGAGCCUUCCACAGGCCUCCGAACAGCAGCAACCAGCGGGCAAGAAGCCAGACAGCAAAGCCAGGGACGACUCCUAUUUCUCCUUCCAGACAGUAAGGGCCUCCCUGUUUGAAAACUACGUGGUAAAGCAAAAAGUGAUGGAAGCCCACAUCUACUCGGAUAAUUUGAAUCCGAAACAGGAGAACAUUGGAGGGAGGAGCGGGGUGCCUGAGCUGGACCAGGGCCAGUCCCCUGACUCUGUCCGCUGGGAGAGGGAGAGAUCUGGAACCUGCAUCUCCUCUUCUUCUUCAGAGUCCUUCCGCAGAAGUCUUCCCAACAGAGACAAAGACCGCAAGAGCUCUCCGUCGACGGCUGCCUUGCGAGGUGAGCCCUCUCCCCUCGUCACCAAGGAGGUUUUGCCCAAAUGCGUUGCAGAGUCUGUAAGGGUCAAUCAUGUCUUCGACACCAUUCAAGUGGUCAGCGAGAAGGCGGUCAGCGAGAGCAUGCCGGACGCACUAGAGGACAAAGCCAUGACCCUUCGAUCCCGGAGGCCGGCCGCGAAGGACACCCGGGACAGUGAAAGUCCUUCAGUUCAGAACCAGGGGGUCAAGCAGCAGCCAGUCCCUGUGAGCGCUCCCAAAUGGGAGCCGGUGCUAGAGAUAUCCGACAAAAGGGAGCGCUAUAGGAAGCUGCCUGCUGAGGAUAAACAGUCUCAGGGUGCCAGCAGGUUGGACAAGAGCAGGAUACGAACUGAGGACAGCUUGACCGGCCAGCAAGCUGUACUGGAAAGGGUCAAAGUUCCUAGAGAGGAAAUAGUUUGGGGUGUGGCCGAUGACGGGUCACUGGGAAGCAGAGGGACCAGGACGAAGCCUGACAAGGGUCCAGCUCAAACCAAACAACCUUCCGGGGGAGCCAAGUACCUGAGGGUGGGGUCGCUGUGCAAGUGGAGGGCCGAAGCCCUGAAGGAGAAGGACGAGUAUUUUAAGAAAGAAGCGCCGCCCGCUCAGAGGGACAGUUCUCCGGACGCCUACAACUGGAGCUCAUCGGAGAAGAAGCCCUUCCGGUCGGAGACAGAAUCAGCCGAGUGUCCCUCCACAACGGAAACUCAUUCGCUCUCUAAGGGAGAGGCCAGAACAUUUAAGCAGGGGCAGAGCCCGGGUCUGGUCCUCUCCACCCAGGGGAAGACUGCGGUCAGUGAGUUUGAAGAGUUUAGAGUGCCUCCUGGAGACUGCAGUUGGGCGGCAGCCUCCGCUGGCAAACGGGGGACUAGCAUGAGGACCAGGGAAGACAGGCCGGCAAACAGUGGAGCCGAGGACGUCGUGGCACCAAAGAGCUUGAAGACAGCAGACCAAGAUGUUGGGUUAAAGCAGCGUGGCAAUACCAGGCUGCGAGACACUCCUCCCAAGGAGAAGAGAAAGGACUCUGAGCCCAGGGCCACUUAUUUUGCACUGACUGGUCAGAUACCAGACUAUCCGCUCGAAAGCCUGGGAUCCAAAACCACACAGCAGCCCUCCGAGGGCACGGGGAUAGAAGUAGCCUUUGAUGAUUUCUCAGUGAAGUCUUACAGAAGGUGGGGGUCUCAGGGGCAGGUCUUGAACUUGAAGAGGAACCCAUCUUUAGAAGCUGCCUAUGGGAAGUUGAAAGAGAAGGACCUGGGGAUUGAAGAUGCUCCCAAGAGUUACGAACGGAUGGCAGCGGGUGGCAGGAGCGAUGAAGCUGGGGAGGAGACCGGCAGUAAAUCUCAAAUGAGACGAAAGGUCCUGAAUCAGGAUGCAGUGCUGUACGAGAGGAGGAGGGACAUCCCUGAAUCGGAGAAGCCUGCCAACCCCGACCUGCAGAGCAACCAACCGCGUCGGGGCAGCCGCGAGAUGGAGGUUGAUGGUGUAACAAAGUGGAACGCUCCCAUCUCCAGAGCUGAGGAAGGCUACAGGAUGGGAGUCCUGGAUACUGAUGCCCUAACUGCGGAAUACAAAGGCAUGUCCUCGAAGGUGACUGACCCCUGGCAGAGGAGGUUUGAAGAGGAUUACUAUCCCCUUGCAAGGACUUCCGGGGGUUCAUCACAGCCUUCCACAGACCUGGACAGCCCCACUGGGGCCAGGACCUACGCAGGUUACCAGCCUAGCGACCUGCCCAAGCCAGAACCUCAAAAACCAACAGUAGAUUCCUAUUCCAGGGAGGAAGGGAGGGCUAAACCUGACUCCCUACACAUUGAAACCGCAAGGCAUUCUCCCCUAGAGAGAAACUCCUCCCGGGAGGAUGUUCCUGCUACAAGCAGGAGUUCGGAGGAGGACUGGAGACAGGGCUACAGGAGGAACACCCCCAAACCUUCCGGGGUGCAGCAUUUGGAGACUGUCAGGGAUUCGGAUCGCAGCACUGGCAGGGGAAAGAGGGUUGGAUAUGCGGUGGAUGAAGCCCUGGAUAGCCGACUCAAACAGAGGGUCAAGGAGCCCUCUGCCAAGCCAGUUCCUAGCCAAUCGGCCAGGCUGGAGAAGGACUGGUACAUUCCCAGAGCGUCUGUGAGAGACGAGCUGCACGGCCAGGAGUCCAGGUCCCGUCUACCCAAAGAGACAGCAGUGCCUGCCGGGGCCCCUUACGAGGCAGAUGCUAGGAGACAGUCCAGGAAGAAGGAGGAGGAGUUAGAGCCCCACUAUCCUGAGCCCAGGAAACAGGGGUACCUGCCAGCCCAGGACAGCCCUGUCGCCCCAGCGGAGCCCAGCAGGGGAAGGCAGAGCUUCCCUCAGGAGAGCGGACUGAAAAGGAGCAAGAGCAUGCACCGUCCGCGAGCCCUCACGUGGGGAGAGAAGAAGGACUCCUCUCGGGAGCACUCGAAGAGUUCCCCAUGGAAGAGUUUCGGAGCGGAGGACACCCUCGAUGGCGUCUCUCUGAUCCGAAUGAGGGCCCACAGCAUGAACCGUGAGAGGACCAGCGAGCGGGGCGCGGACCAGCUGAAGCAAUGUGUCACCAAGCCAAGGUCUGACUCCAAGGACACAGACACACUGGUCCAGGAGGCUGACAGCCAGUAUGGCACGUGGGACACGGGACUCCGCACUGCUGACAGCCUCACGCCUGCCACCCCGACAGAGAGCAGCAGUCCCAGUCUGCGGAGACAAACCCCCGACCGGGACUCUGCGCUCUCCCUCUCCUCCAGCACGCAGGGCGAGUUUUCCGAGCCAGUCUUCCCUGACCAGCCCACGUCGUUCCUGGACUCGAGCGCUCUGAAGACCCGGGUUCAACUGAGCAAGAAGAGGAUCAAGCGCACCCUGCCCUCGCGCUCUGUGCGCCUCAGUGGAGUGCCAGCAGGGGGCGACAGGCUCUCAGUCCUGCUGGAGAACACAAGGGCAGAUGACUGGAUGUUUAAGGACUCCACAGAGGAGAAGGCAGUGCAGCAGGCUGAGGAGGAGGAGGAGGAGGAGGAGAGACCCAGGCGGAGUGAUCGAUCCCCAGCCUGGCAGCCACAGAGAGUCCCCCUCUUCCCUGGGAUGGACCCCUCUGCUCUCAAGGCGCAGCUGCGGAAGAGAACAGACUCGGACAGUCCAGCAGAGGGGUCCCCUUCCUCCCAGCUCCCCAAAUCCCCCUUCUCGCAGGGGACUGCUGGCUGCAGAGUGCUGCCACCUGCUGGGGGUAAAGAGAAUGGCUCUGAGGAGAUGUCUCCACAGUGGAUGAAGGAGCUGAAAUCCAAGAAGCGUCUGAGCCAAUACGAGAGCAACCCCUAGGAGGGCUCAGGAGGAGCUGCCUGAGCUCUGCCUCCACCCACCUUCUACCAGCUGCCUUCAGGCGCCUCUUUCCCCAGCGCAAGGCAGCCUUUGUGAUGCCACUGCCGUCUUUGUUCAGGACGUGGCUCGGUAGAUUGACCCUCGUCUGCGGAGCUGCUUGGUUUGUUUCAGGAUUGUAAAGGUGCUUGAACCGUCACACUGUCCUUGCUGAAGGGCCAAACCUUUCAUUUAACCUCCCCCCACCCCUUCUGACAAAGAGUGCUCCUCCCCCUGCCCCACCCUUCUGUCUUCUCUAACAGCCCAGAGGGUUAUUUCUAAAAUAAGAGUGUGUUCAAGUACAAAGGUUGCACCUUUCAAGACAGAUACACCUAGUUAUUAGAGAAGUUUUAAACCUGCACUUAUAUCUGAAAAAAACAGAGGUGAACUAGAUUGUGUUGUUCAGUCUCUAUACUUCCCUCAGGGGUCUGUGAUGUGACAGCAGAACAGCCCUGCCAAGUCUCUAGACAUUAGUAAAUUAGUUUAAAGAAUGCUGUCACUCCAGCACUGGCCCAACCCUAUAAAUUCACACAGUGUCUUUUCUUGCACCCCCGUUUA